AUGAAAACUAAAAAAUGGGUGUUGGAAAAACUUCUUCCAAAUUUGCAACCAAACAGUGUCGUAUGCAUGAAUAAUGCACCGUAUCAUAGGACUGUCGAAAACCGCACUCCAACGAAGUAUUCUACAAAAAAAGUUGAUAGACUGGUUGAAAAAGGUAUACCCUGCGUUCAAAAAACGCGAAAAGCGGAACUGUUCUCUCUUAUAGACAGUAAUCGUCCAAAGAAAAUUGUCUAUAAAAUUGAUAAUUUAAUAGAGAAAGAAGGACAUGAAGUUAUCCGACUACCCCCUUAUCAUUGCGAUUUGAACGCAAUCGAAUUUGUGUGGUCCUCUCUAAAAAGAAUAAUAAAGGAACAAAAUGUUACAGGCGAUUUAAGUUUGGACAAUCUGAAAUCUCUUCUUCAAACAGCUAUCACUGAAGUUACUUCGGAAGAAUGGGCAGCGCAUUGCAAACACGUAGAAAAGCUUGAAAAUAAUUAUUGGGAAAAAGAUGGACUGUUAGAAGAUUUAGUGGACGAACUGUCAUUUCAAAUUGAUACUAAUGAUUCUGAUUCAGAAGAAACCGAAACUUGUGAGAGUGAUUUAGAGGAUUUUGAAAUGCUUGAAUGA